AUGAUAGCACCCAAGUUAGAAAAUAAAAGCGAUGAUCUAUUAGAUAUUAAAAAAUCUCAACUAGAAAUAAGUGACAACAAAGGAAUAUAUGAAACAGAGACUGAACUUGAAGGCGAAGUAGAAGUUAGGAAUGAAAUAUCAGUGGUAAAUUCUAAGUCAGAUAAUGAAAUAACUUCACAAUGCACAGAGAGCUCAAAUCAAAAUUUAGUAAAGCCAAUUCUUCUAUGUGCAAUGGUAUCAUUUGGUGGCUUUUUACUUGGUUGGGAUAUAGGUACAAUCGGUGGAAUAGUAAAUAUGCCCAGUUUUCAAGAAAACUUUGGGAAUACCUUAAGCUUAGAAACUGGUACAAACUACUUUACAGAAACAACGAAGGGAUUGAUAGUAGCAAUAUUCAACCUAGCAGCUUUAGUUGGUGGGAUUACAAUUCCAAGAGUUAGUUCAUUUUGGGGAAGGAAAAUCGGUAUGCAUAUCAGUGCAGUAACAUACUUUGUUGGUAUUCUUAUUCAAAUAAUCCCGAAUAAUAAUUGGAUUCAGUUUUUAGUUGGAAGAAUAAUUGCAGGUAUUGCAGUUGGGAGUUAUACUGUAUUAGUCCCCAUGUAUGUAUCAGAAAGUUCACCAGUUAAAAUAAGAGGUUCGAUGAUAGCAUUAUACCAGUUAAUAAUAACUUUGGCAAUAGUUUUAGGAAACCUAUUGAACUAUUUUUGUAAAACAUAUAUUACAGAUAUCCAUAAUAAUAAUACAUGGAGAAUUCCAAUCUCACUAGGGCUAUUAUGGGUAGCUUUCGUAUUUAUUGGAGUAUUUUUCGUCCCAGAAUCGCCACAGUUUUUAGCAAAAGUGAAAUACGAUGAAAUAGGUGCAAAAAAAUCGUUAAGCAUAAUGAAUGGUGUACCAGAGGAUAAUAUUCUCAUUAAAAUAUUAUUAGACGAUAUGUUUAACGAAUCAAUUGAAAGGCCCAAUAAAACUAAAAAACGAUUUGAAUUUAUAACUGGCGAACCAAAACUGGGUCUUCGUUUAUUUAUCGGUGUAUUUGUAAUGGGGAUUCAGCAAUUAUCAGGAAUAAACUAUUUCUUUUAUUACGGCACAUCUAUUUUUAAUAAAGUAGGAAUUCAAAACCCAUAUCUAACUGCCAUAAUUUUAUCUUCAGUCAACUUUUUUGGUACAUGUUGGAGUAUAUACUUUAUUGAGUUUUUUGGGAGAAGGGGCUGCUUAAUUAUUGGGGCAACAGGGAUGAUGUUAAGCCUAACCAUUUUUAGUUCCAUUGCAAGUUUUGGUAUGCAUUUAAAAUCUACAGGUGUAAUUAUGAUAAUAUCUACUUGUGUCUAUGUAUUAUUUUUUGCCACUACUUUAGGACCUGCAUCAUUUGUCUUGAUUUCAGAACUAUAUCCUAUUAAAACUCGAGUAACUUCUAUUUCAAUUUGUUCAGGUUUCAAUUGGUUAAUGAAUUUUUUAGUUUCCUUCUUAACACCAAUUAUAACAAAGCAUAUUGGUUAUAAAUUCGGUUACAUAUUUGUUGGAUCAUUAGUAGUUGGUAUAAUAUUUGAUAUAUUUAUGUUACCAGAAACAAAGGGAAGAAGUGAAAAUGAGAUUAAUGAAUAUUAUAGGAAAAAAUAG